GGGGCCCAGGGGUGACGGUGCUGGAGCCGCUGCAAGCGCCGGGGCGAGAGUCGGCGGCCCGGGCCCGCGGACGAGGUGGGCUAGAGGCCAGGUCAGCUGCCCGGACCCUCCGGACGGAGCCCCAGACCUGAGCAGCAGCGGUUUCUGGUUCGGUGGGGAGGCGCCGCCAAGCCCCAGGAGGGGAAGAUGUUCAACGUGGAGUCGGUGGAGCGGGUGGAGCUGUGCGAAAGCCUUCUCACUUGGAUCCAGACGUUUAAUGUAGAUGCACCAUGCCAGACCGUGGAAGAUUUAACGAGUGGGGUUGUGAUGGCCCAGGUUCUGCAAAAGAUAGAUCCUGUAUAUUUUGAUGAAAAUUGGCUAAACAGAAUCAAAACUGAAGUAGGAGAUAAUUGGAGACUAAAGAUAAGCAACUUAAAGAAAAUUUUAAAGGGAAUCCUGGACUACAAUCACGAGAUUUUAGGGCAGCAAAUUAAUGACUUUACCCUUCCUGAUGUGAACCUCAUUGGGGAGCAUUCUGAUGCUGCGGAACUUGGAAGGAUGCUUCAGCUCAUUUUAGGCUGUGCUGUCAACUGUGAACAGAAGCAAGAGUACAUCCAAGCCAUUAUGAUGAUGGAGGAAUCUGUUCAGCAUGUUGUCAUGACAGCCAUUCAAGAGUUGAUGAGUAAAGAAUCCCCUGUCUCUGUUGGAAAUGAUGCCUAUGUUGACCUUGAUCGCCAGUUGAAGAAAACAACAGAGGAACUAAAUGAAGCUUUGUCAGCAAAAGAAGAAAUUGCCCAAAGAUGCCAUGAAUUGGAUAUGCAGGUUGCAGCAUUACAAGAGGAAAAAAGUAGUUUGUUGGUGGAGAAUCAGGUAUUGAUGGAAAGACUCAAUCAAUCCGAUUCUAUAGAAGAUCCUAACAGCCCAGCAGGAAGAAGGCACCUGCAGCUCCAAACUCAAUUAGAACAGCUCCAAGAAGAAACAUUCAGGCUAGAAGCGGCCAAAGAUGAUUAUCGGAUUCGCUGUGAAGAGUUAGAAAAGGAAAUCUCUGAACUCCGGCAACAGAACGACGAGCUAACCACUCUGGCAGAUGAAGCUCAGUCUCUAAAAGAUGAAAUAGAUGUCCUUAGACAUUCUUCUGAUAAAGUGGCUAAACUAGAAGGCCAAGUGGAUUCAUAUAAAAAGAAGCUAGAAGAUCUUGGCGAUCUGAGGCGGCAGGUGAAGCUCUUAGAAGAGAAGAAUACUAUGUAUAUGCAGAACACUGUCAGUCUGGAGGAAGAGUUAAGAAAAGCCAAUGCAGCUCGAAGUCAACUGGAGACGUAUAAAAGACAGGUAGUAGAACUGCAAAACAGAUUAUCUGAAGAAUCAAAGAAAGCAGAUAAAUUAGAUUUUGAAUAUAAGCGACUGAAAGAAAAAGUUGACAGUCUUCAAAAAGAAAAGGAUAGGUUAAGAACAGAAAGGGAUUCUCUGAAGGAAACCAUUGAAGAGCUUCGUUGUGUACAGGCUCAAGAAGGGCAGCUUACAACUCAAGGGUUAAUGCCUCUGGGAAGUCAGGAAUCUUCAGAUAGUCUGGCAGCAGAGAUUGUUACACCUGAAAUCAGGGAGAAGCUUAUCCGUCUUCAGCAUGAGAAUAAGAUGUUAAAAAUUAACCAAGAGGGUUCAGACAAUGAAAAAAUUGCUUUAUUGCAGAGCCUUCUAGAUGAUGCAAAUCUACGCAAGAAUGAACUGGAGACGGAGAAUAGGCUGGUGAAUCAGAGACUUCUGGAAGUACAGUCACAAGUUGAAGAAUUGCAAAAAUCUUUACAGGAUCAAGGCUCAAAAGCAGAAGAUUCAGUUCUUCUAAAAAAGAAGCUUGAAGAACAUCUAGAGAAGCUGCAUGAAGCCAAUAAUGAGCUGCAGAAGAAGAGAGCCAUUAUUGAAGAUCUUGAACCAAGAUUUAACAACAGCUCAUUAAGAAUUGAAGAAUUACAAGAAGCUUUACGGAAGAAAGAGGAGGAGAUGAAGCAAAUGGAAGAACGAUAUAAAAAAUACUUGGAGAAAGCCAAAAGUGUUAUUCGUACUUUAGAUCCUAAGCAGAAUCAAGGAGCAGCACCAGAAAUACAAGCUCUUAAAAAUCAGCUCCAGGAACGGGACAGACUGUUCCAUUCAUUAGAGAAAGAAUAUGAGAAAACGAAGAAUCAAAGAGAGAUGGAAGAGAAAUAUAUUGUUAGUGCCUGGUACAAUAUGGGAAUGACUCUGCAUAAAAAGGCGGCUGAAGAUAGACUUGCUAGUACAGGUUCAGGGCAGUCAUUUCUGGCUAGGCAAAGACAAGCAACCAGCACAAGAAGAUCUUAUCCUGGCCAUGUUCAACCAGCCACAGCAAGGUAGAGAAGUCUUGCCAUUACAGAUAAAAGCAACCCGCAUCAAAGCAUACUUCUGUUACAUAUAACAACAUUUCAGGAAAUUCAGCCAGCUUUUUUUUUUUUUGUCUCCAUUCUAUGUUAAUAUUUAGUUGUUUCUCAUUUGAGGACUUUUUCUCUCUCCUGUAUCUAUAAUGUUUUAGUUUCUCUGUCCUUUAUUUUGUAGUCCUUUCAGUUCCUUUCAAUGUGCCAAAAUUUUUUAAAUGCUCAAUUAAAAGUGUUGUAUAAUAGUGUAAUACUUUUCUUUGUAUGAAAAUAUCCUCUUCCCCAAUGAUGUAGGCUUUGUAAUGAAUUAAAUUUUCUGCCAAUAAUUGAUAUACAAUUUAUAUUGUUUAUUGUGCCUCGGUGUUACCAUGCUUUGUAAGAAUGUCUUUGUUUAAAGGGAGUUCCAUCUUUUUAUGAUGUAUUAAUCUGUGUUUUAAAUGGUUUUCAAGAUGCACUUCAGGUAACUUGCAUAUUUACUAUGUGAAACGGUUGGCAAAGGGCACUUUUUGCAGAGACGUAAAUACAUUGGCAGAGGCUAGCAAAUCUCACGUAAGGCACCUGAUAUAACUAUUUACAGGGGAAAGAAUGAGUUUCCACAGUUUUAUAGGAAAGUGAAUUUGUCCAAAGAUAUGGAGACUAUUUUUAAAACACAAAUGAAUAGAAUUUCAUUAUUUCCUGCUAUAUUGUUUGCUGGCAGAAGUGAAUGCAUUGGUGAGUUUAUUUGGGGGAAAUUAUAGAAGAUAAAAUCAGGCAGUGCAUUAAUUUUUUUUUUUCUUUGCUUUGGAAUAUCACAGUAACUUAGGAUCAAAUUCUAACAAUGUGUCUGACAUUUAUAAUUUCGUCACCCCCUACAUCUAAAAGAUUUAUUUUUCAUAUAUUUACAAGUAAUAGGUAGCCUUACUUUGUGAGCAAUUUCCUUAUUGACUUGUGCCUCAUGUGUUUUACUUAUUCUUUAAUAUAAACUCUUUCAUUUCUAAAUAAUUCCUAAUAUUUACCAUCUUAAUAUCAGUCAGUAAGAUAAAUGAUUUCUUGUAUGUGAUAUUUUAUGACAGGCCUCUUUCACGUUUUUCCUUAAUUCGAUCUAUUAGACCUUGAAUUUAUUACUGAAUAGCUUCUCUUGGGUAAUUUUGUUGACUCAAAAGUGCUUAUAUAUGUUGAGGGAUUGUAAACCACAAAUAUAUAUAUCCAUUGUCGUUGAGUUGAUUCCAACUCAUAGCAACACUAUAGGACAGAGUAGAACUGCCCCAUAGGAUUUCCAGGGAGCAGCUGGUGGCUUCGAACUGCCAACCUUUUGGUUAGCUCUUAACCACUGGGCUACCAGUUAACCUGUCAAUUAAUGAUUGUAAAGCACUUUGAAUAUGUAAGGUGCUGUAAAAAUGUGAAAUAUCAUUCAUUUGAAACUGUAUUGCCUUCUACCUGAUUUUCCAUAUUGACUUAAGUAUUCAGUCCCAGAUUAUAUUAAGUUCCCCUCCAAUCAUUUUCUUGAACCAUAGCCUAUUUAGUAAAAGCAAAAAAUUCCUGAAAUUAGGUUGGUUUUUUUUUUUUUUGAGCUAGGUCACCUAAUAAGAGAAUUUUAUUUCACGCACUGGCUAUUUGGAAAUUAAGGUUGCAUUUAGUUAUGUAUAUUAAAUAUAAAUGAAAAAAAAAACCCAUUGGCAUCAAGUCAGUUCCAACUCAUAGUGACCUAUAGGACAGAGUAGAACGGCCCCAGAAGGUUUCCAAGGAGCGCCUGGUGGAUUCAAACUGCCGACCUUUUGGUUAGGAGCCAUAGCACUUAACCACUACGCCACCAGGGUUUCCAAAUAAGUAACUUUAAGUCAAGCUAAAUGUGGUUAAGAAUUUUCAAAAACUAUAUCCAAUCGUUUGAUUUUAAAUUUUUAUUUUUUUAUUAAGAAAAGAGUUGACCUAAGUAUUAGUAGUAUUUUCUUUUUUCCUCAAAAAGCAUACUUGAAGAAAAAGGUAUUUGAAUAUAUACAGAAAUGACUCCAUGGAUUGUGCUAAUUUUUUUACAUUAAAUACAGAAGUCUAAUGCAAUACCUACACUUCUGUCUGAUAAGACCGUAAAUUUAUGCAGCAAGAAUUACAAUAUAGAGAGAGCCGCGUGAGUCAAAUGCAUUGUGGGGUUCAGAAGGCCAAGCAAACCUAAUCAACAUAUAAAGGUUUUCCAAGAAAAGAUUGAAAACUAUUUAUUUAUGAUGGUUCUGACCCUCUUUAUUCCAUAAAUAACAUAAGAAUUUAAGUAUUUUAAAACAGGUCCCGAACACUAACCUUGAUCAAAUUAAAAUUAUGGGGAAAUUAUACCCACAGAUUAAGAUGAAUGAAAAUAAAAGAGCCCGUGAACUGUUUGUUAAAUGGAUCACAUUCCAAGAGAUAAGAGUUUUUCAUUUUACUUCUGUUUACUGCUUCUGUCCUGGUCUCUCACCUACUCACACAUCUACACGGUGGUAUUUCUCCUAAUGGAUUGGAAAGGUGCCACGCUUUUAGAAGGAAAUUUUAGUUUUGAUUUUUCUUCAGCAUCUGUUGCAUGCUAUUAUCCUGGUUUUUAUAUUUGUAACUUUCACUCCUUUACCUUUAAACUUAGUAUAUCGUUGCAUAGAAGAAAUUAUAUUUCUAAAAAGUAUUUGAUGUCAAAAAAGGGGAGUUUUUGUAAGAAAUAGGAUCUGAGUAUACUUUAUGUGUCAGAAAGCCAAAAAUAAAACUUAACUGUAACAGUGACAACCCUGUUUCCCUUAUCCAGCUUUGGACAAGAUUCAUGAUACUUCUAUUUCUCCAAUUGUUGUUGUGUGCCCUCAAGUCAUAGUGACCCUAUAGGACAGAGUAGGACUGCCCCACAGGGUUUCCUAGGCUGUAACCUUUUUGAAGGUCACCAGAUCUUUUCUCCCACAGAGCAGCUGGUGGGUUCGAAACACCAACCUUUCAGUUAGCAGUUAGCUGGCAAGUGUUUCACCAUUGUGCCACCAGGGUUCCAGUGAUGAUUACUAAUUUCUCAGGAGGUUUGUGACGAUGCAUGGACUAUGUGGAAGUUAAAAGACGUUAGAGCUUUAUGUAGACGUGAGCUGUGCCAUGCGAUAUGUUCAUGAACUCCUCAUGUGUGUAUGAAGCCACAGCUUGCUUGUACAGUGGAGCUGCUCAUGACAUCAGCCGUGAAAUAAGGACAGUGUUGCUGCAUUUGGCUGGGGUGAGCCAUCACUACAGUGUCCAAAUUCUCAUACACAGGAAGCACUAGCUGUUUUCAUUGUAAUAACCAGGGUAAGAAAAUACAGACUAAACAACUAAAGAACAUUAAAGCAUAGCAUUUCUGUUCUGCAGUGUGUAUUUCAGAUGUUUGUUAAUGGGGAAAAAAUACCCCAGCAAAUACAGUAGUUAACCACAUUUAAAAGAAGACUAAAUAAUACAUUUGAACAUAUUUUAAAAGAAUUUUCAAAAGCUUGGUCAUAUCUUUUUACCAUUUGUCUAAUUACUUGAUGAUAACCAAGAAAAAGAAGUCCCUAAAUAAAGGACCUAUGUUCCAAGAUUUAUCAAGAUUGAAUUAUUUCUAUGAGAUAUCCCCAGCCUAGUAAAAUUGGCUUAAUGGGAUGGUUAGACUAUAAUAAGGAUACUAUUGUAGGCUGUAAUUUUCUUGAGGUUUUAUUGUUUUAUUUAUGUGAUGAAUAAAAGCUCAGUUGUACAAAAUUAAGCUAAUAUUAUCCAGUCAGAAAUGUCAGCCUAUAUGUUUCAUUAGUCCUUGCAAAUGAAUGAAAAUCCACACUGUGAAAAUACAUCAGCACUAAGUGAUUGUUGAAUGAAAGAUGAAUUAGACUGUAGACACAUUUUAUUUGAGCUACUUUAUUUGCAUUUCUUUUCAAUAACAGUUUGCUUUACCUUGUUAAUUAAAUGAUAUGAAAUAUUAGUAUCUCAGACGAGGAUUCAUCGAUUGUUUUAACGAUAAUACCUUGUUAAAAACUUGAAAAUCUUAUUUUAAUAUAAGAAUUAUUUUGAAACAAAAAAAAAAAUCUAAAUUUUUUAGAAUUCUCUUUAACUCUCUGCAUUUAAUAUCCAGUUGCCCAGAUUCAGACUCAGGAAUGUUCCAGCUCUCCCCAGCUGAAACAUCAAAUUUAUCUAAGAAAGCACCCACGACCCACAGCUAGUAGAGACAAACCUAGCUAGCUUACAGCCGUGUGGGUAAGACCAUGUUUGAUCCUAAAGUGGCAGGAAAGUGCUUGGCAUCUGGCUUUUGGCUAAGGACAAAAUAACAUGAAGACAAAAUGCUUUUUGUUGUGUAUUCAUUCAACUAUGGAAGAAUAUUUUUACUUUUUCUCCUUAGAUUAUGAAGGGGCUCUUUGCCUAGAAAUGGCAGUUGAACCUAGAGAGCAUUAUACCUCUUCACAGUAAAGCCUAUGUUAUAUCCUAAAGUAGGAUAAGAGAAUGUACUGAACAAAAUACAAUGGCAUAUCCAAAUCUUUGAAAAUUAUUUUAGCAUGUUGUUAAUUUUUCCCUUUUUUAUAAAUUAAAAGGGUUUUCCAUGCAAAAAAAAAAAAAAAUCUCUUUUACUGCAGUCCCAACUGUCAAAAUGGUAGCUUAUUUUUGUAGUUGUUCAACCCAGUUUCAUUACAUUUAAAAGGAGGUUUCAAAGCUUAUUCUUUGUAACUAUAGUGGUUGGAAUAUUUUAUACCGUGAAGGUUUUUAUAUGAGGAAGGUUAUUCUCAAUGUAUCUGUCAUCCAAUUUUUUACUUUCUAUAAAGCAUAUUUAAAUAAUAAUUGGUGUACGUUCCUUUUAUUGAAAAUUUUGAAGAUGUUUCGUUGUUCAAUUUCAGCUGUUCAGUUCUCAAAAGCUUAAAAAACAUAAAUAAUACGCCAGUCACAGAUAAUUUCUCCUCUUCCCCACCCUCCAAGGUUACAGAAGUGUUAAUAUUUAGUUUCCUUUUUAUAAAAUGAAGGACAGCACAAAUGUGAUGGCAUCCAUCUUUUUUAAAGCAUUUAUUUUGUUUUUAGAAAGUGUAUACUGAUUCUUUUAUUUUUAAACAGCCUUUUAAUUAUUUUUUUUAGCAAUAUGGUUCACAUGUAUUAUCUUUAUGAAUAUGAAAACUCGUAAAAUUUGUAUUUAAUGUUGUCUUGAAAUACCAACAUCCUCAGAUCCUUCCCAUUACACUAAACUGUUCGGGAAGGGACAAGAGUUUAUUUAAGAAACAGAGUCUUGGACCUAAUUACGGCAAGCAUAUGAGUUUGGUAAUUGUGGGGGUCUAUAAAUGUUUCCUAACAAUUACAUCUCAGGCAUCACUUGAUGUCUCUUUUCAUGAUUUUUCUGCUUUCUUAGAUUUUCCAACAAUAUUCUGUAAGAUUAGGUUUGUAUGCUGUAAAGUGAGGCUAGAAAUCUAAGGACGUAACAGAAGUUUGUUAAGGGAAAUCCAUUCCUAGGGAGUAGAAUGGAUUAUCAGGAUAAGACAUGGCCUAAUUAUAAACACCUACCUAGGCAGAUGGAAAGAUUCACACAAUUCAAACUCACACUUUAACAAAUGUGCCUAAAGGUCAUCGUUUAUGUAAAAUUUUCUGUCUUUAUUGCACGAUCAGCCGAUAAAAAGAAUAGACAAAAAUAUAAUUAAUUUUCUCAUUGCUCCUCCUCUCAGUGAACAUGAGCUAGGCACACAAUAUUAACUGCAUAUGUAUAUUAGUGGAGGGGAAAGCAUCUAUUUUCAUUUUGAGAAUGUUAACGAAUUACCAAAUCUAAAAUAGUGAUUUUAGGCCAUUGAGGAGCCUAUGAUGAGAUGAGAAGAAAUCUGUGAUAGCUGAAAAUCACAACCAACUUCCUAAGAGCUAACUAGGUCUGCCGCUUCAUCUAGUUUCCAAGUCAUAGGCUCAAUUUUACCUCCCCCUAAUUACACACAGUAGGCCCACGCAAAGUUUGGUUUACAGUGAAGGCAAAAGUAGACAUAUUUUUUAAGUAUUUUGAAGGAGAACUUUUAUGAACCUAAUACGUCACCACCAGGCUCUGAGUCUAAAUUCUUAGAGCCUGAAGAUAAAUCAUUAGAGAAGGUCCAUGGCUUCAAGAUUUUAGGCUCAUUGGCUAUUGAGUAAAAAAAAAAAAAAGUAGCCUGAAUUAUAUCUACUUAGAGCUUAAAGGAAGAACUAAAUAUGAGAAAUGCAACCUCAAAUUGAAUAAAAGAAAACUGCCAAAGUAUGCUGAGGCUUUAAUAUAUGCAGGAGACUUCCCAAGCAGGGCUUAUCACUUUAGGGUUCUCUAAGUUGAUGAAGGAAAAUAAUUCAUUUAGUGACUGUAUUGUGAAGUUAAUAAAAGAGCCCUUAUGUGUUUAUUCUUAGGUAUUUAUCACCCUAUAGGCAGUGAUUAUAUACAUUCUAUAGUGUUUAUUUUGUGUGUCACUAUUAGAGAUGAAUGUCUUAAUAUUAUUUACUAUUCUAAUCAUUUUUUUAUGUCUUAUUUAUACUUCACCGCAAAAUUCAAAGCACUUUACUAAUAUUAAAUAAUUAUCUUCCCUCUCCACUUCUACCUUCCUGUGACAUUUUCUAUUAAUAUCUUUUCCACUGGGAUUCUUUUCUUUAUUUUAGGACACUCACUAUGAAAAAUUUCCAAGGUUGUCCAAAUAAAUGGGCUCUGUACUCUUCACGGAUUGUCUAAUGUCAGGAGUCUGAAGUUGUAAGUCUAGAAAUCUAUUUGAAGCUAAAUUAGGGCUGCGGGCCAUUGAUUGCUUUUUGAUGUCACAUGAGUAAGAAUCCUCUGUAAUGUCAUAUUCAUGAAGCCAGCUCCUCCCAAAUUCAAACACCCUUGAAAAUUUUUGUUUUCUGGAGUUUUAUUAAUAAAAAUCAAAGUAUCUUCUGGUUAGUCAGAAGAUAUUCUUAUCUUUGAUUUGCCUGUCUCCUAAAAUACAAAUUUACACUGUUUCUAACUUCAGUCGUCUCUUCAUCAUUGCACAUACCUGAAACACAAGAGAAAGAAAGCCAGGUCCCAGCAUCUGUGAAGCCAGAGAGUCUGGAAAAUGGUUAGGGGACAGGUGAUGGAAAAGCAGACCUGAAAGAUGGCAGAGUGCUACAUAAAUGUUCUUAGUUCUGCUAUAACAGAUAUGCUUUAUGAAUGUGACCAUUUUCUUAAGUUCAUACAUAGCAAAGUUUUCAGCUUGUUCUAUUGAGGGAUUUUUUCAGGGGUCAGAAUUCUUCCAUUUUGUAACUUGAGUAUAUUAAUAUUCAAAUCAUAGUCAAAAAGGACUGAAAUAUUUGCUACAUAAACAUUGGCACACGUGAUUACUGCCAAAGAAUAGAUUUGCAUAUGAGAACAUUCUCUUAGAGUUUUAUUUUGUUUUUAGCUGAGAAAAAUGCUUUUAUAUGUGAAAAAAAGCAUUACCACCUAUUUACUUUGUUUAUGCAGGUCACCUAGAAGAUAGCAAUGCUGAAACAGAGAAGUCGAAACUAUGACCUUUAAGGCAAAGAGCGGUUUUCAUCUUCCCAAAGUAAAAAAACUGAAUACACUUACACACAUGCAUGCACACACAUACACUUAAGGACAAAAUAUGUUUUAGAUAUCUUCAUCUAAUUAAUUGUUGAAUGGAUGAAUGAAACUAAAGUUCAAAGAAAAUCGGGUCUAUGCUUUUGGGUUAAGAACCCUCCUAAAUGUCUUACUCUUCCAUUACCAGUUGCCAUCAAGUCUCCUGUGACUCCUGGUGACCCUGUGUGUGUCAGUGUAGAACUAUGCUCCCUAGGGAUCUCGAUGCCAUUCUUCUGAGGUGCUUGUGGGUAUACUCAAUCCUCCAACCUUUCAGUUAGCAGCUGAGUGUGUUACCUAUUUGCAUUACUCAGCAACUGCCAAUUUUCCAUUUAACUUCCUGUUAUUCUGGACUGGAGUAAAUUCAAGGCCUGCCUUGUGGAAUUCAAUAGCCACUAGCUACAUGUGACCGUUGAAAUUUAAUUAUAAUUAAAUUAAAUCCAAUUAAGAAUUCAGUCAUCAGUCUAACUAGCCAUUUUCUAGUACUCUGUAGCCAUAUGUGAAUAGUGGUUACCAUAUUGGACAGCACAGAUACAGAAUAUUCGACCAUUAAGAAAAUGCUAUUUGACCCUGCUGUUACACCCAAAGAGAAAAUAAGGAAAAAAUAAAGGCAAUCAGUUAACCUAUAACUCUUAGAUUUUACCACCGUGGUUGAAGAAAGCUAUUUUUCUUACAGACAUUAAUAAUGACUCUUUUUAAGAUCUUGGAAAAAUCAAAACCCCACUCUCUAAAGCAAGUUUUCAAUAUUUUUAAAAAACACAUUCUCAGCACUUUAUUUUUCAGGUUAUAUAUUUACAUCAUUUCAUAAAUCAUUAGUAUCUUCAGUUUUCUUAAGGUACUCUUAUUUUAAAUAUUAACUAUAUAGUUGUCUAACAUCAAGUAGGGACUAAUGAAUGCUAAUUUAUUUUCAAAUCAAAAUUGAUCAGCUUCAUCAUAUUCUUACAUUUAGAUCUAUAUAAAUCUAAUGAAAAUUGCUAACAAUUUUUUUUCUUCUGUACCUUGAAACAUUUCUCUCUAAAGUCACAUUUGAUCAUCUUCCACCCCAAAGGUACACCAAGAUCCAAAUAAUUUGUUUUUCUUUAUAGCUUCCGGCUUUUAUUAACUUGGAUUAUGAAUCAAAUCAAAUAUUCCAGCGUAGUUAAUAUUUACUGUUGUGGUUAAUGAAAACAUUUCUUAAUCUAUGUUAAUUGGUCUGUUACUUAACUAAAAGGAUCUUUACUGAAUUUUUUAAUGAAAAUAAGGGACUAAUCAUAAUCUUGAGUCAGCUUGGUGCUUAGUUAAAACUAUCCUAUUAGCAAGUCAUGAUGCUUUUUCCUCUUUUUAAAUUGUUUCAGUCAAGCAACCAACUUGAUCCAGUAGAGUCAAAUUCCAAGCAAGUUAUGAUGAAAUUCUUAUUGUAGUUCAAGUCCAGACUCGUAAGUGGUGUGAUCUGAGUUCCUUUUAUUUAUUCUUUUUUCCUUGGUGACCUAAUUCAGUAUGUGUUCUAUAGAGACUCAUCUUAGUUAAGGGAAAUUUUCAGUAUGCUUGAAAUAAGAAAUAGCAUUUUAGUAUAAAUACAGAAAAUGACUGUAUACUAAUGUCAGUCAAUGAUUUGGGGCCUUUUAACCUUUUUAGUAGUAGUCUGUUUUUCUGUUUUUUGUUUUUUGAUAGCCCUAGUUAUUUAGCACUAAAAUGCUUUGCCGUCACUAACUUUGCUGUUUACAGGUUCUGUAUAGUUCAGAAUGCUUUGUACACAUUGAUCUUGUUUUGCAGUUUUUUCAUGUUUUGACAGUUGCCCACCAUUUGUAACAUCCAAUUUUUGCUUGUGUCAUGAAAUGGUAAAAUGCAAACAUACCUAAUAAUUUGAUAAUUUGCCUUAUUUGGAUUAAUCAAAAAUUUGGGGUUAGAAAGCAGCUUUUUUUCUCCCCUCUCCCCAGAAUAGUUUUAAAACUUUUCAGAUGAGCUGGAAAACACCUUACGACAUUGGGGUUGGGGUUGUAUUAAUUACAGCACCCGCUCUAAAGCCUUAUACUCAUGUCUUAAGUAUUACAUAUUGCUCUGUGAAUUGUUGUUAGUUUAAUAUUUGACAUUAUAGUUAUCCACCAUGCAUUUUAGCCUUUGCAAAAAAGCAUAAUGCUAGGUAGGCAUAUUCUUAUUUCUGGUUGACUAUUGAGUUUACAGCUUCAUUGUUUGUAGUUAUAAUCUAAAAAAAAAAAAAAAAAGAUGUCCAUAUCAAAAAUUUUCACUUCACAAA